AUGCCUCCAAAGGGAAGCAAAAGGGCAGUUCCUGAGCAAGCUGUCCUGCCUGAAGCCAAGGCCGGAAAGAAGGCAAAGGCCAAGGCUGCCCCUGCACGUGCCCAGGACUCAAGUUUGAUGGCCAACUUGGCCGCCAACAGUUGUCCAGGAGCUAGCACUCAAGCCAUCACCUUGAAUGGCGCCAUGUGGUCCGAGCACCUUGAGAACGUGAGGGUGUUCAAGGAGCAAUGUGUUGCUCAAGAUGCCUGCCAGCUCUGCCCUGACAAGAAAAGUUUUGGGCAGGCUUACGAUGAAAAGAUGGCGUUGGAAAGUCUUGAAGCGAGCGCCGUUGACCAAGUCAAAGCCCACUGGUUCAGCAAGCCCAACGGCUUGGAUCAGCAGCAAGUCACAGUAGGCGUGUUGCAGCAAGAAGUUGGCUCCAAGAAGAUGCCAGCCUUUGGCACUUGGAAGCGUUUGAGCGCUGAGGAAUCCGUCAUUGCCUUCUUUGAGGCCGCCGGAGCAGAAGCCAAGAACGUGGAAGCAGGCGCCCAAGAUGAUCAGCUACAGAAGUGGCUGGCUCACUGCCUCUCCUGCCCGGUCUUGAUCCGUGUGGUUGCAGGUUCACAAGAGAUGGAGUGGGUUGCCCAACAGCUGAGAGAGGACCAGACACAACUUUCCUUUUUGGCCCGCACUCCAACGCGGAGGAUUUUCGAUGUGAUGCAGAAGCGCGAGGCCAUGGGUGUUUCUUACACUCCAGAACUGCUCUUGGAGCUGUACGACCAGAAGCUUAAGCUCAGUGCCAAGUCGGAGAAGCUCACGAGAGGACAUGUAAGUAUUAAAAUCUAUUAG